AUGUUCCAUGCUUUAAUCACUAAUGAUCAUGCCAAAGGUGAGUGGUUCAUUUCCUGUGUUUAUGGCACUUCUUACAAAGAGGAUCAACCAGCUCAAUGGGAUUACAUAAAAAAUAUUAGUAAAGUGGUAAAAAUACCUUGGGUCCUUAUACGGUACCUUAAUAUCACUACGGAAACUUCUGAAAGAAACACCAAUACUAAUCCUACUUCAGAUGAAGUUCUAGAACAUAUUAAAGAAGCUGAUCUCCAUGAUUUGGGUUUCAGUGGCAAUCCCUAUACCUGGACUAGUAAUAGUCAUGGCACUGGUUCAGAUCAUUCUCCCAUACUCUUGUCUUUGUACACUAGCUACAAUUCUUCAGGUUCUGCAAAUUUUUUCAUGAAUGACAAGUUGUCUAACACUAGACACAUCUUAUCUAAAUGGAGUAAAAAUAUGUUUGGUCAGAUACAAAAUAAUAUAACUGUCCUUCAAGAAAAACUGCCUCAAUUGCAAGUUACAGAUCUCCAAGGUAGUAAUACUGAGGAUGUACUUCAAAUUGAAAAACAGAUUGAUGCCUUGAAUGAAAUACAAGCUUCUUCAAACAGACAGAAGUCUAAGGACCAUUUCUACAAUGACAUGGACAAGAACUCCAAAUUCUUUCACAUCAAAGCUAAUCAAGGAAGAGUUAGGAACAUAAUAGAUUCCUUGCAAGCCCCAGAUGGAUCAUGGUGUCAAGAUAGAAGCUCCAUUGAAGAUUUACUUGUUUCUCACUUCAAAAAAAUAAGUACUACUUCAAAACCUGGAGAUAGUGAAAAUUUUCUUCAGCACAUUCCUUCAUGUAUCUCAGAGCAAGACAAUGAUGCUUUAGUUUCAAUUCCUUCAAAUCAAGAGAUCUUCGAAGCUUUAAAGUUAAUGGAUCCAUGGACCUCUCCAGGACCUGAUGGCUUUCCUCCCGGUUUCUAUCAAUCUUAA